CGUUGAGGGCUGCGCCAGGCCAUUCGGCGGACGACAAGCAAUCUGGACGGGCAUGAUCUGCCGGGGGAACACGGCAGUGCCAGACCUCCCAUCCUCUCUCGAAUGAUUGACAGCCACAUCAAGGAGAGACUUGCCCAUACGGAGAUUUCCAGGCUGAUGCGCCGGGAUAUUGUCCUUGGGCACGCGGUGAGGGCGGUGGAUGUGUUGAAUAUGCCGGCAGUGGUCGGGUGCUAUCGUUCUUCCUUCCAUCGCAGCUCCUCCAGAUCGACCACCAACCACUCACUUGGGCCUUGUUGGAUGACAGCCAUCAUCUGCUUCCACCGAGCUGCUUCCAUCGCUCCCACCCCACCGCCGACCCAGCUGCGGUUCUUUGCGUCCUACUGACUUUGUGCCUUCUCCCACCACCUCAUCCAUCCAUCAACACAUGCGCAUUGGUGACAAUACUUGGGCUCGUAUCAAGAACGGCCCCUAAGCCUAAGAGCAGGGAUGAUGACGAACGAUGACGAUUAUUCCCCUCAGCGGCACAGCAAGAACGCCUCGGGUACUUUGUGGCUCAGUGGGUUGCGAACUCAAGACAUGAAACACGGCAUCGCAUGGACUGGCUAGCACCUGGGCUUACUCUCCAAUCCAAUCAGCAACUCCUUCAAGACGCCGGGUCUGCUCAAAGGGGCCAGCAAGCUGGGGGAUAGAGUUGGAUCGGGCAACUCAUCCAGCCUUCUGUGCAUCCUCUCUCCCCCCCUCAACCAAUCACCAUGAGUAACCCUUCGCCUACUAGGACAAGGUACAGAGAAUCGCAUUCCGUGCCAAAAGGCCCCCUUCUCCGCCACAAGAGAUCCAUCUAUCCAACCGACCCCCUGUCAAUCGCAAAGACCCCUUCCGCUCAGCUAAUGUUGCCACGAUGAGAAUCAAAGACCCUUAUUUCAAGUUGGGUCUUGAUCAGCAUCGUAUCAAGCAUUAAUGGACACUGGAUGUGACUGGAGGGGGGGUCUUGGAAGUCCCCUUUGCCACAUGCCUCGAGGAUCGGAGCUUGAAUCGUCGGUUGACUCGAUAUCUUGCAUCCGUUCCCAGGCCUCCACUUACUUCAUGCUACCCGUUCCGCUCCUCGCCUCCUCAUCAUCUCAUUCCACUGAGGUAUCUUGGAGGCGUCAAUGGCAAGUCGGUUUGAUCUGCUCAGUCAAUGGACGUGAGAGCGUACAUGAAUCGUAUUUUUGAAGUGCAAUCUCUUCUCUGUGUCCAACCCCGCUCCCCGGUUUACGAGUGUUUGCUCGCCACGACCACAAAAGUUUGACAUAAAAGCCGGGAAAGGGAAUUGUCAACCUAAACACGGAUUCAGCCGAAGUUUGUAGCUCCGGCUGAUGGCAGCUUUCCGUCAAGGUAACCCUAUUCUUCCUUCUAUCUCUAGGCAGGGACCCCUUUCUUUUUCAUCAAUUCAGAGCACUCGUCGUGUACUAUGUCUUUAGACAACACCAAUGCCGAGUAAAUACUCGCACAGCGUCGUGCUGGCCAGCUACUCCAGUCGGGGGAUCAUCAGCCUGCCGAACGAUGAGAAGCUGGAUAACAGGAAGGGGCUGAAGGCUCCACGAAUUCUCCCGGGUAGACCACCACUACCUCAUGAAUCUGUUUUCACAGGGAAGCCUGAGGCAGGGGUUUCCUCCACGUCCUCAUAUCAUGCCCGCUCCUCGACACUGCAGCCCAUGUCCCCAGCACGAAGGUCGUCGAAAGGACAAUUUGGUGGAUUUACUGGUGCCAAAUCAACUUCCCCAGGGUAUCCAAAGGAGGAAGUAUUCAAUCACGUCAGGUUGAAAGCAGAGACCAGCCGCAAUCGCCCACCUACCAGCGAACGGCAGGUAAUUUUGGACUCGGAGAGUGAGAAGACUGCGAGUGGUAUUGCCCAGGACGACACUUUGCCUCGCACCUCUGGUCUAUCUAAUGGAAAACCGCCAACUUGUUCUCGCCUAACCUCACCCUUUGAUCCCUAUGUCAAUAGUUGGGAGCUCACUCAUCAACGAGAUCAGUCCAGAGCACAGACAAACCCGGCAGAUCAUACCAACAAUGGUAUUUUGAAACGUAACGAAAAGCUGCUCUCGCCUGUGGCACCACAAAAGCAUGACUCCAGCAGAGAUUUCAGAGAUGGAGCUCAACUUCCAGGCAGAGAUAUUUUACCAUUGUAUCGACAACCACCAGCUCUACAGCACAGUGAUGCCGAGCCACUCUUUGCUGCAGGGAACGCCGCCGCAUUGCCGCAAGUCACGGCGAUGGCGGACACCCGUCACCCCAGGAGACAAUUAAUUUCCAGAAAGGCUGUCCAACACAAUGCUAUACGCCACGCACCCAUGCCUGAAACUGAGGGACAAACCUCGAAGCUUCAAAAACCUCGCCGGCCGUCGCUCAGCCGAGCCAACACCAGCUUCAUUGAUCUGUCUGAUGAUGAAACCAGUUCCAAAUCCCGCGGACACACCCCUCACAGGUCAUUGGAAAAGUCACCAUCUACACAUACGUUAUUCUCAGAUAUCGGAGUACAGGAUUCGGCAAUAUCCAAUCAAGCGAAAGACCUUCUCGAUCUUCACGGCGGAGUUACCAUUGGACCAAGGCGGGAGGCACAGGACAAAUGGGAGAUUGCAGCGACGGGGAAUGAUGGUCUGGCAGAACCAAAGGCCCAAAGACGGCCUGUUAGUAUGGGCAGUGGCCAUCCUGAGAUACCGCCUUUACAGAAACGCGCUGCACUCCACAGAAGACAGACCGAGGAAUUAAUUCGACAUUCGGUGUCCCGCAGUCCAGUUCUAGAGUCACGCAAUCUAUCGUGGUUGCUGCUCGACGUGGGACCGAACAUCCAAAUGAAAGACAACUAUCACGACGAGACUCAAUACAUUCCAUACAUUACUUUGCAAUUGCCAAAAUCCGAAGCUCGUGCAGUGGUCACCAACUCAAGCCUGGGAGCCAGUGUGGCCCAGUCCAGCCUCCCAAGGCUUGCGCCUGUCGAGGCCGACUUUUCCAAAGCCUGUGACGGCAACGAAAGCGAGAAGUCCAGUGUGAGAGGAGACGAACCAUUGUGGUCCCCUAAGUCGGCGAAAUCGGCGCCAACAUCCGUGGAGAGCGACGGUCGCCAGCAGCCUAGAUUCUCACACCUCAGUUCUUGUUCCGUUAAGCCAGAACCCCAACCCCAGACAUACCAAGACGUGGACAGUUUAGCAUCGUCCGGGAAGCCCAAAUUGAAGCCCAAAUUCAAGUCAGAAGAAGAGAUGAGGAUGAAGAUUCCCACUCCAAUCCCAUCACCUUCGCUGUCGGCAAGGUCCCCCGAAAUAUCAGGUAAAAGAAUGGUCAGGUCAUCAUCGGGGUCCUUGCAACAGGCGUCAAGGCCUGCAACCAUGCCCGAGUUCGGUGUACCCUCAGUCGUGCGGUAUCAUGACCAGACUCCGCACGUGCAUGAACAGACUACGUCCAGACCCGUCUCGAGAUUGAGCUCAGGUACGCCGCAGAAACAGAAAAUUGGGCCGGAAACAUUACGGAAGCUUGCAUCAUUCUCGCGAUUUCCCAGGAUGGCAAGUACUCAACGACAGGGCAAAGAUGCUACCCUUGUCAGGGCAAUGGAGAGCAAUCAACAAGACAGUGACGAUUGGAUGUUGCCGAAUAUCCCUGUUUCAAAGGAAGCUGCUUCGAGGGCUAGUCUCCUGGAGUCAUUGGCAGCAACCGUAGAAGCUGAGUCGAGGCUCGAACACAAUGCAUUGCAACCAUGGCAUGAUCUCAGCCCGCAGUUCCAAAAUGUGGCCAGUCAGAUGGGAGACGGCAGCGAUGUGGUUGAUGCCAUCUCUCUUUUCUCAAAUGACCACCACAUUCCUCUCGAUGUUCAGGAUGACUAUACAAACAACGUACACGCCGCUGGAGACGAAAUAGAAGAUCCAGACGCAGCUCUCCCUCCACCAGACAUCUCACGCUACCGCGCUGAUCGCACCAGCUCCCGGAAUGGACAGUAUCGCCUUUCACAAUCUUCUCUCACCGCACUCCCUCGCAUGGCAAAUGCAAAAAGAAGCAUGAGCCGACUGUCUUGGGCUAAACGGGAGGGUGCAACGGAACAGACGGUCUGGGCGCUGAAUGCCAAUCCAUCUGUGCCUUUGCCUGCCAGAGCCGAUAUCUCCCAGGAAAAGGAAGGGAAACGGCCUAGGAUGAGGACGGGAAUGAAAGCUUUCUGGGGACGAUUGAGGCGGUGCAUCGAGAGCUGAGAGGACGGUUUAUUUCCCCCCUUUUUUGGUCUUUGCGCGUCUUUUAUCUCCCACUUGCAUUUUUCACUUCUUUACUUCUAUUCUCAAAGACCGAGAUUCAGAAUUAGGAAUCAGGCUUAAUGCUCUCAAGGCACACGGGACAAAUGUACAACGGACGGAGCACAGCACCAGGGAUGCAGGAACAUUCCAGACGUACUGGCUGGCACAAUAUCGCGCAGUGUACACUACACGCUUGGUUAUCCAGUGAUUUGUCUAACCAACGACAUACAUACGCACGCGGGGUGUAUUUACACAUAUGCAUUCAUUGGAUGGCGGCACGAGAGGACAUGAAUGAUGCUGGCUGGGUGGGGUGGGUUGCAUGGAUGAUGGAUGGGUAUGAUUGACCUGAGCUCAGGUAUGGAUACAUAGGUACUUGUAUAUGAUAUACGAAAUGGACGAGUAGACGAACGAAC